UUACGUUGCUCGGCAACCUUCCCUGAGCGUCUCCUGCUAAUACCUAAUUUAUAUUCAUGAGCUAAACCAUCUGACCCGCGUCUGCAUUCCAACGCCGCUGUCAGCACUUCAUCCAGGUGGACAGAAACUCCUGAGCGAUGGUCGAGGUGUUUUCAGGCCGGACUCUGGUGAAUAAAGAAGGAGAUCUGGUGGAUCCGGAGGAAGCGCUCGGGAAUAAAGUGGUCGGUCUGUAUUUCUCGGCUGCAUGGUGUCCUCCGUGUCGAGACUUCACCCCGCUGCUGUGUGAUUUCUACACCGAGCUGGUGGAGGAGAGCGAGCCUCCUGCACAGUUUGAGAUCGUCUUCAUAUCCUCGGAUAAAUCCACAGAAGACAUGGUGGAGUAUUAUCAUGACAUGCACGGGGACUGGCUGGCUCUGCCCUGGACGGAUCCCUACAAACAUGAACUGAAGAAGAGAUACAACAUCACAGCCGUACCGAAGCUGGUCAUCGUGAAGGAGAGCGGUCAGGUGAUCACAGACAAAGGCCGAAAGCAGAUCCGGGACCAGGGUCUGGCGUGUUUCCGGAGCUGGCUGGAGGUGGCCGAGAUCUUCCAGAACUUUAAAGGCUGAGAAUCACGUGGAGAAGGACUGCUGAAACCAACGCUUUACCUGCAGAAAAGAGCCAGAAC